AUGUUAGAGGUUCUGCUGGCUGCACUAAGAGAUCGCAUGAGUGUGGCAAUCUCGGCUGACGUCACAUCACUCAAAAUGGUGAGGUCCUCCAAUUUCGAAAUUAUCGAGUCCAACUUCUGGUUGAAGUCGAAGGAUGAAUUUGUCUUGCUCUCCCCAACGGAAGCGGAGCAGUCUUCCUUUGAAGUGUCCACCCUCAGCACCGAGAUCACCUGUUUGAUUACACCUUUAGUGCAGGUGUCGAGGGUGAGCUGGUGGGCUGAGGACUUAGAAGGGGUCUUACUGUCUGUCUUCUGUACAGGAGAUUCCUCCACAGUGGCCUCAGUUACAGGAGAUACCUCCACAGUGGCCUCAGUUACAAGUAGUCCAGUUGCAGAGAGCUCGAUUUGCAAAGGAAUAUAUUUUCCCACAGUGAGAUGGUUGGAGGUGAACAGCUUCCUUAGUUUGUCCAGGGUUUUGGUGUAAAUCUUCUGGGAACCUGAACUCACUUCCACCCAGAAUAUUUUGCGACCUGGUUUCGUACGCUUGGAGGCCUUAUUGGCCUCAUAUACCUCAUGCAGGUCGGAAAUAAUUCCACCAAAGAGAUCAGAGGAUGCCUCCUCAAUAUUCUCUGAGGAAACAUGGACAGAUAGGAUUUCCGACAGUUUCCCACAAGUGUCGGUUUUAUCCAGCGCAGCAGUAUAUGUCACAGCUGACCUGCAAAAAGAGGAGGGGAUAGAGCUAGGUAUCUGUGAGAGGCGUGGAUAGGGGUAGGUACCUGUGAGAGGAGGGGAUAGGGGUAGGUACCUGUGAGAGGAGGGGAUAGGGCUAGGUACCUGUGAGAGGAGGGGAUAGGGCUAGGUACCUGUGAGAGGAGGGGAAAGGCGUGGGAGUGCGUGUGCUGCAGGCGGUUCUGGCGCUGGUGCACUUGCUGGGUCCUCCACUACAGCUGAAUCUGACGCUGCGGCCAAGAGAGGUCACCUCUCCUGCCUCAUUACUUCCUGAUCCAGAAGAGCUUGGCGAAUCAGAGAGCUCUAUCUGCAUGGUGAGGUCAAGGGCGGGAACAACCACAGUGGAUGUAGACUCCAUCACCCAUGCUACAAUAUCAAUGCACUUGGCACUAAACUCAUGUCUGCUCAUCUGCAAUGUUAAAAGACCAUACAGAGUUAGUUUGUUAAAGGGGCUGCACUGAUAUAAAACUUAGAACCAUUUACUCAAACUUGUCAAUUAAAGCAGUGGUUCAGGAUUAAAGGUCCUGCAGGAUUUCCACAAAUGAAUAUUUGGUCCAUUUUACCAACAUUAACUACUUUAGAGGUGACUAUAACUCACCCCGACACGCAUAUUCUCACUCAGCAGAUUCCAAUGGCUGAAAAGUAAAUAAAUGCAAGUACACAAUGAAUUAUAUUACCUCUAUUAUCUUAGACUACGUUAUGGAUGGACAUUACCUCUAUUAUCUUAGAUUACGUUAUGGAUGGACAUUACCUCUAUUAUCUUAGAUUACGUUAUGGAUGGACAUUACCUCUAUUAUCUUAGAUUACGUUAUGGAUGGAAAUUACCUCUAUUAUCUUAGAUUACGUUAUGGAUGGACAUUACCUCUAUUAUCUUAGAUUACGUUAUGGAUGGAAAUUACCUCUAUUAUCUUAGAUUACGUUAUGGAUGGACCUCUAUGGAACUAGGCCACACCCAGACAUCCCUGAUUGGUUAUUUGGUCCGUUGAGUCCUUUGUAUUUGCCCGAGACUAUAGGAGACUCUCAAUCUCCUCACCUCCUUCUCAAAACCAUUGGAUGAGAAGGUCAGAAGGGCGGGACCUCUGGCUUUCUCAUCCAAUGGGUUUUGAGGAGGCGAGAAGAGAGGACACGAGGAGUAUGCAAUUGAGACAGGGAACAUAUCUAGGGGAUGCAUGGGGAAGCCAAAGAGCAACUUACUCGUCCUUCAUGUCCUGCACAAAGGUGUGUAGGUCUGGGUAGCUUCUCUUUCCCCUGCUGAGGGUGAGGCUGGUCUGGGAGGUUGCCACUCAAUUGUGGGUUCCGUAUGGAGGUCACCACUGCAGCCUGAUGGCUACAACAGAAACCAGAGUUAGGCUUGGGAAUUCAAUUUUGGCGUCAUUAAACACAAAAUAUCUAAAUGAAAUGUCAUACAUGUAAGAAAAAUACAGUCUACCUCCUGUGACUGAGAUGGAUGGCAACAGCCUCGUCCAUCUCCUCUCUCGCUCCUUCGACCUCCUGCGACUGGAUGGGGAUGCAACGCCUCGUCCAUCUCAAUCUCUCCUUCACCUCCUGCGACUGAGAUGGGAUGCACAGCCUCGUCAAUCUCACUCUACCUUCACCUCCUGCGACGGAAUGGGAUGGCAACAGCCUCGUCACUCAAUCGCUCCUUCACCUCCUGCGACUGAGAUUGGGAUGGCAACAGCCUCGUCCAACUCCUCUCUCCUUCAACCUCCUGCGACUGAGAUGGAUGGCACAGCCCGUCCAACUCACUCUCUCCUUCCACCUCCUGCGACUGAGAUGGGAUGGCAACAGCCUCGUCCAACUCACUCUCUCCUUCAACCUCCUGCGACUGAGAUGGGAUGGCAACAGCCUCGUCCAACUCACUCUCUCCUUCAACCUCCUGUGACUGAGUUGGGGUAUCUGUCUCUAGAACAGCCUCGUCCAACUUGGUCAGUCUCUCAGCCUCUCUGUGAUCUUUAUGGGAUCUAGAUAGAGAAAAAGGAAUCUCUCUUAGGUCACUGCUAUAAUGUGAGUGUGAGGAUGUGUUCCCAUUAUAGAAUUAGAAUCAUAGAAUUAGAAUGAAUCAUUCUAGAAUUAGAAUAGAUAUAUAGAAUAGGCUCCAAUACUCUUGAGAUGACUCGGCCUAUCCAGAGCCAAAUAUUUAGAGAAUUCUGCCAACUUUUAAAAGGACUCCAUGUUAGCGCCUUGGAGCCUUUCAUUUAUCCUUUCAUUAUAAGUACAUUCUAAUUAUAGAUGUUCAGUUACAUAGCAUUGUUUAAAAUGUCAAUAUUGCCCAUGGGGAGCCAGCUGUCAUAUGGAUAUCUACUGUGUCAUGUAAUGUUUACAUAAACUCAGCAAAAAAAGAAACGUCCCUUUUUCAGGAUCUUUCAAAGAUAAUUCCUAAAAAUCCAAAUAACUUCACAGAUCUUCAUUGUAAAGGGUUUAAACACUGUUUCCCAUGCUAGUCCCCUGUAGCUCAGUUGGUAGAGCAAGGCGCUUGCAACGCCAGGGUUGUGGGUUCGUUUCCCACGGGGGGCCAGUAUGAAAAUGUAUGCACUCACUAACUGUAAGUCGCUCUGGAUAAGAGCGUCUGCUAAAUGACUAAAAUGUAAAAUGUUGUUCAAUGAACCAUAAACAAUUGAUGAACAUGCACCUGUGGAACGGUCAUUAAGACACAAACAGCUUACAGACGGUAGUUAUGAAAACUUAGGACACUAAAGAGUCCUUUCUACUGACUCUGAAAAACACCAAAAGAAAGAUGCCCAGGGUCUGCCACUGCGAAGAUGCCCGUACGUGGUCUGCCACCGUCAUGUCUCCCUGUAGCGCUGUCUUAGGCGUCUCACAGUACGGACAUUGCAAUUUAUUGCCCUGGCCACAUCUGCAGUCCUCAUGCCUCCUUGCAGCAUGCCUAAGGCAUGUUCACGCAGAUGAGGCCAGGGCAAUAAAUUGCAAUGUCCGUACUGUGAGAUGCCUAAGACAGCGCUACAGGGAGACAGGACGGACAGCUGAUCGUCCUCGCAGUGGCAGACCACGUGUAACAACACCUGCACAGGAUCGGCACAUCCGAACAUCAAACCUGCGGGACAGGUACAGGAUGGCAACAACAACUGCCUGAGUUACACCAGGAAUGCACAAUCCCUCCAUCAGUGCUCAGACUGUCCGCAAUGGGCUGAGAGAGGCUGGACUGAGGGGUUGUAGGCCUGUUGUAAGGCAAGUCCUCACCAGACAUCACUGGCAACAACGUCGCCUAUGGGCACAAACCCACCGUCGCUGGACCAGACAGGACUGGCAAAAAGUGCUCUUCACUGAUGAGUCGCGGUUUUGUCUCACCAGGGGUGAUGGUCGGAUUCGCGUUUAUCGUCAAAGGAAUGAGCGUUACACCGAGGCCUGUACUCUGGAGCGGGAUCGAUUUGGAGGUGGAGGGUCCAUCAUGGUCUGGGGCGGUGUGUCACAGCAUCAUCGGACUGAGCUUGUUGUCAUUGCAGGAAAUCUCAACGCUGUGCGUUACAGGGAAGACAUCCUCCUCCCUCAUGUGGUACCCUUCCUGCAGGCUCAUCUUGACAUGACCCUCCAGCAUGACAAUGCCACCAGCCAUACUGCUCGUUCUGUGCAUGAUUUCCUGCAAGACAGGAAUGUCAGUGUUCUGCCAUGGUCAGCGAAGAGCCUGUAUCUGUUGGAUUGGAGGGUGAGGGCUAGGGCCAUUCCCCCCAGAAAUGUCUGGGAACUUGCAGGUGCCUUGGUGGAAGAGUGGGGUAACAUCUCACAGCAAGAACUGGCAAAUCUGGUGCAGUCCAUGAGGAGUAGAUGCACUGCAGUACUUAUUGCAGCUGGUGGCCACACCAGAUACUGUUACUUUUGAUUUUGACCCCCCCUUUGUUCUGUUAGUCACAUGUCUGUGGAACUUGUUCAGUUUAUGUCUCAGUUGUUGAAUCUUGUUAUGUUCAUACAAAUAUUUACACGUUAAGUUUGCUGAAAAUAAACGCAGUUGACAGUGAGAGGACGUUUCUUUUUUUGUUGCUGAGUUUAUAUCUCAAUGUCCCAACUCUAUAAAUACAUAGCUCUGGGCCUACCUCUCCAUAGGCGGUGACCUUUGACCUACUACUGAAUCUGUAGGCCUAUGUGAUCCUGUAACCAGUCACAAAUGUGUCAUUAGUGUAAAUCACUUACCUGACUUCCUUCAUAACAUCAGCACCAUUGAUGGGGUCAUCCAGGUCUAUGAGGGUGAGGUCAUUCCCACUGACCUCCGACCUCUGAAAGACAGCACAAAGUCAUGUUUAGAUGCCACCUACUGUGUCGCCUUUUGCCGUGUUCAAAACAACUGGGAAAUCUCUGACUUCCGACUUCAGUGCGUUCAAGACAACUGGGAAAUCGGGAAAAAAAACAAGCUCCGACUGGGAAAAAUCUUUUUGAACAGUCAUCCAACUCGGAAUUCCAAGUCGGAAGCAGCGCGGCUUGGCGGGUCAUGUUUUGGAGGACGCCUGACUCGACCUUCGCCUCUCCCGAGCCCGCUGGGGAGUUGCAGCGAUGAGACAAGAUCGUAACAAGAUCGUAACUACCAAUUGGAUAUCACGAAAAAUUGGGGAGGAAAAGGGGGUAAAAUUACCACCACAAAAUGUAAAAAGGAAUUCCAAGUCGGAAACUCUGGCAUCUUUCUAGAGCUCCGACUUUCCGACCUGAAGAUCACAGACGUCAUGAUUUGACCUAGUUUUUUUUCUUCGAGUUCCCGGUUGCCUUGAGAGCACCAUUAACCCAACUCUCAUUGUCACAUCAUAAUGCAUCAUAUUCAUAGAAAUAGAAUCACCAGAACAUCAUAUCAGGUGUACAGUUCAGUUUACCAGUCAAAUUGCCAUGGUCAGAGGCUCUAUCCUUUCUAGUGAUCACAUCAUAAUGCAUCAUAUCUAUGCUUGUGUCCGAAAUAGCACCCUAUUUCCAAUAUAGUGCACUUAUUUUGGCUGGAGCCCUAUAGAGUCCCACAGUAUGAGUCAUAAUACCCAUAAAACCUAGUGGUCAAACAGGGAAAUGGUUCCAAUCGUUUUAAUAAUAAUAAUAAUAAUAAUAAUAAUAUGCCAUUUAGCAGACGCUUUUAUCCAAAGCCACUUACAGUCAUGCGUGCAUACAUUUUUACGUAUGGGUGGUCCCGGGGAUCGAACCCACUACCCUGGCAUUACAAGCGCCAUGCUCUACCAAUUGAGUUUUUCCACCAUUCAUUUUUCCCAUUGGGGAUUUUAGAAACACUUAAAAUAAGGUCUGUGUUUCGUGUAGGCUUACCCUGGUGUGACGUUUUGAUAACCGUGUAAAUCUCUCUAGGACAAGGUGACUUAUCAAUAUAUUCUCUUGUAUUUACCUCCCAAAAAUGUAAUGCUUAUUAGCUGCUAAUGUGGCUAUCAUAAAGAACUACAAAUGCCAUGAUGAUCAUGCUGAUCGAGGCAAAGGUAAGAAUCUCUGGAUUAACUAUCUAAUGUUAGCUAAAUGUAGUAUAUGAAUAAAUUGGCUGCAUUUCUUUAAAUUGACAAUUCUGUGAACUGUAUGUGCAAGUUUUAAAUUGACACAAUACCUGUUAGCAAAGGUGUCAGCUAGAGAUGACAUGCAGGAGCUUGCAGGGAUUUGUAGUUUUGCAUGAUGUCUACUUUGAUGCUAAUUAGCAUUUUCGAAUCUGAGAGUAAAUGGAGCCGAAUAUACUGAUAAAAGUCACCUUGUCCGAGAGAGAUUUACAUGGUUACAAAAACGUCACGCCAGGGUAAGCCUACACGAAAUACAGCCCUUAUUUUAUGUGUUUCUAAAAUCGCCUAUGGGAAAAAUGAAUGGUGGAAAAACGAUUGGAACCAUUUCCCUGUUUGACCGCUAGGUUUUAUGGGUAUUAUGACACCUCCACUGUGGGACUCUAUAGAGGGGUUGGUUGUUUAGCAACAAAACUGGCAUGCAACUAUGGGGCAAAAUAGACAGGGUUUGCUUAGACUGUUGACAACAUGUAAACUAUAUUUAGUCUCUAAAUGUUUAUUGCAACCAUAAAUACAUUUGAACAAUGAACUCGUCUCAAAUACAUUGUUACAGUUGUUGUUGGUUAGCUAGGUAGCGAAUUUUAGCCAUUGCAUAGACAUGAUAUCAGUCAAAACACCUCAAAACAAGACAUGGUAUCAAUAACACCAUACAAUGAGCUGAAACAUGCCACAGAGCUACGAUUCCCCACAUGGCAGCUUGUUGUUAGCUGAGGUUCAGAAUCAUAACAAGAUACACGACUUCCGGCCAUCGAUGCGCGAGCAUCAUUUUCGUGACGUCAGCCAACCCUUCUAUGGCUCUUGGUCAAAAGUAGUGCACUAGCCUACAUAGGGAAUAGGGUGCCAUUUAGGACGUAUUUAUGAAGGUGAUGCCAUAACCUUUGACCCACAGCAGAUUCUACUGUACCUUUAGCCAACUCUCAUGACUCCCUGGCCAUAGGCUUUCUAGUUUGAUAUUACAGCAUGAAUAGCACAUUAUUUCAUUUGUUAAACAAUAUUUAAUCCACAGUAAUUACUAUAAUUGAAGAUUUUAAAAAAUAAAUAACAUGCCUACCUUGCACUCUUUAUUCUCCAUCUCCUUGCAAAAUCAGCACAUUUCCUUGCCAAAAUGAACGCAUUCCUCCAGCACUAGCGAGGAUCAGACUGAACCGCUCCAGCGGUUUCUGAUCCGUUUCGACGUUUAUCAGUGAUGACGUAACAAUGCUGUAAAGAUUUGACGCACUUCCGAUGUCGUGCUGAUGCAACGCUCUGUGCUGUUGAAAGCUCACGUAUGGAAAUCCUGCGAGUUGGAAACAAAUGUAGGCUAUUGUUGCCCUUAAAACUGUAAUGUUGAGGACGCCAUGAAAAAUAAAAUACAUAACCCACACCGUUAGGCCAAAGUAAAUGCAAUUUUCAUCACUUUGCCAAUAGACUUCUUGUUCCUCGUUGUAGCCUUUCUUUUGGGAUUAGCACCACUGUCCAGGGACGGCCUGUUCAAUAGGGCGAUAUGGGCGACGCACUGCCAAACGGGAAAAGGAAGGGAUUUUUUUUCUAAUCAAUUAUAUCACGGCAACAGUACUUAUCAGUGUUGUAAUCUAUACGUCUGAUCUGCCACAGUGCCACACUGCCACUAAAUGUCGAAUCAGGCUAAAGUCGUGCUUCAAAUGGCUCCACCCCCUUUUGGGGCGAUUUCAGUCAGAUUGAAAAUCGCCCAGAACUUCUGUCAUAGACUCCCAUGUAAAAUCUAUUUUUUUCAAAUUUCAGAGCCUUCAAUACAAUCUCAAUGGGUGUCUGUGGGCUUGCACUUACGCGCUUUCGUCACAUGAACGUAACUAAGAAAAGAGAGGGUAGCAGCGUCAAUCAAUUCACUACUACUAUCAACAUGGCUAGGCUUCAGUGCAACUCGGUUGUGUCUUUGAAAGAAUUUCCUUUUUGUCGGCGAACAAAUGAAGAUAAAUUGGCAACGAAACAAUUAGGACCUCCCAGACCAAAUUUAAUAAUUCAACAGGUUUCUACUAAAGGCGGAAAGUCCUACACCCGAGGAUUUUCCAAAAAUUGGUACGAACGAAAAAAGACAUUGCCACUCACUCAACUGGAUGACGAGGGAUACAGGCUAGCUGUCCGCCGCCACAACGAUGAGGUUAGUGUUGAUAAUCACAAGUUUACUGGAUGUGGAUAUGGUGUAAUAAAGGCAGUUUAUUCAGAGGUAAAUAUAUCUGGAAUCGCGUUCACGGACCCGUUCGUCAAACUCUUAAAAAUGAACUUGGGCUGGGAAUUGCCAGGAACCUCACGAUAAGAUAUAUGCAUCAGCAUUGCGAGUCUCAUGAUUCUAUACGUAUUGCGAUUCGAUACUGUGAUUUUAUUGCGCACCAUAUGUCUGUUGCAGAGGGAUCAGAAAGCCAUGAGAACGAGUUUUGAUCAGUCAUGGAAAUAAAAGUGCUGAAAACAAAUUGGCUCCCAAUGUGAAAAGAUUGAGAACAAGCUAUGAAGGAACAAUAAUGGUGUUUUGGUGCAGGUACAGCCAACUAGCGCUAAAAUAUUGCGAUAUUGUCAAUACAGUAUAUCGUAAAGUAUCACUAUGUAACUCGAUUUCUUUCACCCCAAUCCCUCAAAUUAACGGUAAAUAACUGAAUUGUUUGCCCCACAUUUAGCUAAGAUGAUUAGCUAGCCAGCUAAAAUGUUUUAGUUAGUUAGCAGUCGCAUCUACAAUAGUUUACUGUCAAUAACAUGUCUCCAAAAAUGACGUGGUGUCUCCAAUUGUGUUGACAUUUUACAAUUGCAAUGCGCAUCCAUGAGUAUCCACUUUCUGUAGCUCAGCUGGUAGAGCAUGGUGCUUGUAACGCCAAGGUAGUGGGUUCGAUCCCCGGGACCACCCAUACACAAAAAUGUAUGCACGCAUGACUGUAAGUCGCUUUGGAUAAAAGCGUCUGCUAAAUGGCAUAUUAUUAUUAUUAUUAUUAUUAUUAUCUGAAGAGAGCCCCGAAACAUUGUGUGCAGACAUUUUAUGCAAUAAAUGAAGUAGGUUCAAUCUAGUAGUUCUGAUCUUCUGAUUGGUCCUGAUGAGUUGGGCGAGGUCACCUCCAGGCUACUGUCACUGUUGCAUUGGCUCUGAGUCGGGUUCUCUGUCUUCAAAUGUUCAGCCUAAGAGAGGGGAUUUUUGUGUGUGUGUGUGUGUUUAACAGUGAUGAUGUGUGUGUGUGUGUGUGUUUAACAGUGAUGAUGUGUGUGUGUGUGUGUUUGUGUGUGUCCUCAGAGCAAGAACUCGUGAGUUGGAAGAACUGAGAGGCCUAUGGCGUGGGUGUUGUCCUUGGCCACCUGCUGACAAGGCUGACAAGAUAGGACCCUUUUGUCCAUUGUUAUUGGAUAGGAACAGAACUUAUAACCAGCUCCUGACCUAAAUAGAUCUUAGCACAACAUUUUACUCAACAUAUCAUAUUCCAUAUUCACUAUAACAAAUAUAUUUACUACGACAUUAGCAAGAACCGCCACAUCCUCAGCCGGCUAAUCCAGUGUGUGAAGUUUUGCGGAGUGUUUGAGUUAGCUUUGCGAGGCAAAGAUGAAACUGAGGGCUCCACCAACCCUGGUAAGCCAACACUUUUGAGAUCAGUCAAUAAAUGCUUCUGGUAUUGACUUAUAUGCUGCCCCUGUCUUCAUGUUGUUGCUGGACAUAUCUUUUUUUAAAUGUGUGUAGGUCACCUAAAUCAUCAGAAAAAUUGCCCCUCCUGAGAAUUUUUUCAGGAGCCGCCACUGCCACUGUCACUGCCUGACACCUAGAAAUUGAUACUGCGGUUGUCACAUAAAACAGAUAACCCAUAGUUCAUUAUUAAAUAACAUAACUCAUUUCUUUAUUUUAUUACUCAUAAAAUAUACAGUAAUCGGCUAUUUAAGAUUUCGGCUGUUCUGUUAUAAUCUCCACCCGGCACAGCCAGAAGAGGACUGGCCACCCCUCAUAGCCUGGUUCCUCUCUAGGUUUCUUCCUAGGUUUUCGCCUUUCUAGGGAGUUUUUCCUAGCCACCGUGCUUCUACACCUGCAUUACUAGCUGUUUGGGGUUUUUAGGCUGGGUUUUUGUACAGCACUUCGAGAUAUUAGCUGAUGUAAGAAGGGCUAUAUAAAAUAAAAUUGAUGAUUGAUUGAUUGAUUAUAUCAAGUCAUAGAUUCAUCAUCAUAAUGUGAUUCGAAACAAAAUCUGAUACCUUUCUUAUAAUUUUUGUCAUUAAUCAUUUGAUAAGAUGGAAAAAUUGAAUGCUUUCAUUAUGGUAAACAAUCAUAUUCAUUAUUAUCUGCUGUACAUCAGAUAAGAUUAGCUAGCUAUUAAAUGAAGUAUUUUAAGAGUACUGGGAUGCCGGACCAAAGGGUUGUCACUAGUUAGCCUACCACAGCCACAAAGCCAAAAUAGGCUAUAUAGUCAAAUUUCAUGAAUUUAGAUGUGAGGUUGUCAUUUGGGGGGCCAAUUUAAGUUUAGGGUUAGGCAUAAGGUCUUAAUUUAAGUUUAGGGUUAGGCAUAAGGUUAGCAGUGAGGUUAAGCUUAGGGUUAAGGUUAGGGAUAGGUUUAAAAUCUGAUUUUAAGAAGCUAGGGUAACAUGGGGGAAGACAACCCCCAAUAUCAAUGUCUAAUAGCUGACACAAAAAAUCAAAGUUUGGAGAAACAUUUUUUAGGUGGAUGAUGGCCAUGCUUAGGGUAGCAAACUAUAAAGGAAAAUAAAUGGCUACAGUUGAAAUGUUAAAAUGUAUUUUUUAGGAAAGGGGCAUUUUGCCCAGCUAAUAGUAGAUGAUGCCAUGGGGUUUAACAGAAUGGUCCCUAUUUUAUAUCUCACCUGCACAUACAUGAUCUUUCUUCUUUUACCUUUACCUUACACUCCAUUAUGUACAGUUAAACUAAACUCCUUAUAAUUUGAAUAAGGCACGAUUUUAAAUCCCUGCAGUCUUUAAAAUGAAAUUCAAGAGCAAACGGUUUUCAGUAGUUUGUAAUGUAUCUUUUUUUUCUUUUUUUUUUCUUUCUUUUUUACAAAUUCAUUGGAAUAUAACUGAUUCAAUAUUGAUUAAACACACACACAUUAAACAUUUCAUAACAAUAAUUUAACACAAUGGUAUUUUCCCAGAUUUUUUCAAUGAAAUAGAGGUUGCAAAAUAAUCCCACCCCAGUUAAAUUUGAGCAUAGCUCGUGAGCCCAACUCUGACACUGUAUCCAGUCGCCACCGGUAACAGAGAAGAGCUCAUUUAGGGUGUUUGUUAUGGUUUUGGAACCUGGAACAACUUUUUUCAGUGGCGCCACAGCUUUUUUCCUGUGUCACUGGUUUCUUUCCCCUUUUGCUUUCUUCCUUCUUUCUUGUUAUUUUUUUUGCCUUAUCCUCCAGGAACCUCUUGUGGGGUGAGGCUGUCAGGACUGUAGCCGACUCAGCCUUUAUUUUCCUAGGCCUCACCUCCUGUAUCCUUGGCCUGGGGGAAAACUGCAAUAUGACAUCUGCCUCUGUUUGAUGUUGUAGAACUGGUACUUUAAACAAAAGCAAGCAAACAACAACAACAACAACAACUCAUGAGUAUUGGUUCAAUAAACAUUUGUUUCUAAUCACUCUACAUGCUACUUUUUAUAUGUUAGGGUUGGACCUCAUCAGACCCUUCACGAAAUCCAGGAAUGGCAACAGCUGGUGUCUGACGGCGAACUAUUAUUUUACCAAGUGGGUGGAGGCAAUACCCAUUAAGGUCUGUAAAGGAAGAGAACGUGCUUAACUCUAAAUUCCCUUCUGUAACCCAUUUAAAAAGGGUGCUUGGAACCAAAAAUGGAUUUUAUUUUGUAUGAUACCCAUCAAGGACAAGACUGGCGAGGCCACUUCCAAGGCGAUGAUGGACAUCUUCAACACCCACGUUUCUCCUGAGGUCAUCUUGAGUGACCAAGGUCGUGAACUCUGGAACAAGGUACGGAUGUUAUAGGUUAUAUUCUGUCACCAAUGGUUUGUUUUAGUUUUUUUUACAAUUAGUUUUUGUUUUUCCAUGGUACAUAAUCAGACAUUUCAAUAUCUUCCAUUGUCAAUAGAUAUCCCUUUCCUACCCCCUCCUCCAGGUUUGGAUGAACGGACCAACCACACCCUCAAGACUGCCAUGGGCAAGUCCCUUGACGGAUUCCAGGAAUGGUAGGAGGACAACCUGAAGGUCAUUCUCUUUGCACACAACAGCAGCGUCCAGGCCUCCAGAGUACUCACCCUAUCGCCUGCUGUAUGGACGGGAGCUGCAGCUGUUGACUGAGGUAAACAACGCAAUUGUAUAUACAAUUAUUGGAUAUACUGUAGUAUUUCAAAUUUGUGAUUGACUUAGUGUUGUUUGUCUAUUGCAAAUUUUUUAUAACAUAUUUUCAGAUCACUGAAACUCCACCUGAUGUGGUGGAAGUUGUCGAACCAGAUCAAAACACCUUAAAGGGACAGCUUUAGGCACAGCCUGAGAAGGAUGUGGAGGUUUUUGACCAGGUAAAAAUGAUUGUCCGCUGUUAAUUUAUUUUCUGGCCCUCCAAGAGAUAGGUAAGUGAUGUAUUUGUAAUAAUAUGAAAUAUAAAUUGCAUUUAUUUAUGUUAUCAAUCAAGGUGAGAUUGAACAUGGACAAGCACAGGAGAACAGAAGGAGAGCUACCAGAGGAGAAUCAAGGAGGGGACCAAGAGCUUCAACAUCCGGGCGAAUGACUUGGUUUGGAAGAACGACGAAAGGAAGGCGAGACCUGGGAAACCUUGCUGCUCUUGAGCUCCUAGCUGGGGUCACCAUCCGUUAAGGUCAAUAUAAACAUCUCAGAUGAUAACUGUUUGCAUUUUCCUCCUCGCUGUAGGCGGCAUCGCCAUGUCAGCAGUACCAACACUGGCUGUCUCCUCGUGGUGGGCGACAUCGCCAUGCUGUCACCAUCAACAUUGUUCUGUUCUUACGUAAGAACGCAACUGCACUGCAAUGAAUAGCCUGAAACAAUGCGAUUCUCCUGAAUAAUAAAGUGUUUAUCUGUUAAGCUGUUUGGUCUAUGGAUAGACCCAUACCGAUUCUAUCUUUUUGGUCUUUUGCUAUAGCCAUAGUUUACCACUAAUAUUCUAAAUUGCAGAGCAUUUAAUAAAACAAACAUAUUUUCCUGUGAUAGUGACACUUGCUUUGCAUUUAAAAGUGAAUGUUUUCAUAAGCCUAUAGGUCUACCAAGAAACCAUGUUGAGGCUGAGCAAGACCUUCGAUAGGCUAGUAGACUAUGCGGAAGUAAUCGUGGAGUUAAUCAUUGUUAUAGCCUAGAUCGCUUUACAUAAUCUGGACCGUUGUUUUUUCUAAGGCUAAGCAAACAAGGGAUAAUGUAUGCUUUUUACCUGUCUCUAUAACAAGGGUUAGGCCUAUAUCCUCACAUAGCCCCUCAAUCCGAGCCCUACUUUUAACCAUAAGACAUCUCCACAGAAAUGUAUAGCCUAUGCAUUGCAUGGUGACAGUGAUUGUGUCUGUUAAACUGGGAACUCUGGGGAAAAAACGAGGUCAAAUCAUGACAUUAGUGAUUUUCAGGUCAGAGAAAGAGGCCCGAGUUUCUGAAUUGGAAUUCAGAGUUGGAUGAGCUAAUUUUUUUCAGAGUUCCCAGUUGUCUUGAACGCACUGAAGUCGGAAGUCAGAGAUUGCCGAGUUCUGAGUUGUUUUGAAUGCGCCAAUAGAGACCUAGGCUACCUCUUAUUUCUGAAUAGGGCUACCUCGAACAAAGAAGCCCUUGUGUCUGUAUUGAUGUGAGAAAUAGGCAUAUCUACACAGUAAUGGUGGCUGGCUGCGAUAUCAACUAGCCUAAUCAUUUUUGUAUUGAGGUGAUAUGCCUAUUUUAGCUAAAUCAACAAAUGAAAUUGAUUAGAUUUACUCUGGCAAUGUACAUUAUUUUUACAAAAUCAUGUACAUGUAGACGUUUGUAAGGCAUUCAUGGUGAGAUUUUUAAUAAUAAACUAAACAGACACUUUAACACUGAAGCAUAGCACAUGUAGACGUUUUUAAGGCGUUCAUGGUAAAAUCGUUCAUAAUAAAUUUACAAGCAAACUGACACGUGACGUGUACGUGUCACGUCACGUGAAAGCGUCGGCAGUUUGAGGCCUUGUCUCCAUUGACUGUCCAUUUGAAUUCAUCUCGGUAUUUUAUGGCGCUACGAAGACGUUAGGUGGAUUUGUGAGAGGUAUAAGUAGCUUCACGAUGCUUAAUUAUGUCCAUUAUCACUCACCAUACUACUCAUUAUUAUUUGUAGAUCAGUCAGUCAGUCACAAUUUACCAAUGAUACAUUACGGAUUUGAUCCUCUCGAACAAGGCCAAAUUAUAGAAAUAAGGGUUUUAGACAUAAUUAUGGUCUUAUUCCCUGCUCAGAUGUUGCAUGCAUCAAUCAUCGACUUAGAGUCAUCGACUAUAACAUUUAUAUAACAUAUGGUGCUUUCAAGACGCACCAAAGUUAUUGCAAACUCGAAAAAAAACGUGGUUAAAUUAUGAAGUCAGUGAUCGGAGUUUCCUAGUUCCGACUAGCACUUGAACGUGGCAUAAGAUCUGGCAUGCGUGACGAAUGGACCAAAGAGAAAUUGACAAACCCUAAAUUAGCAGCACACAGGGAGCAAGGACCAAAAUGUUACCCAGUCAAUAUACAGUAGUUUAAACUACACAUGAUAGAAUGACAAAAAACAUGCAACGUAUCAAACGUUCAAUCGAACUGAACGCACCCAAGAUGGGGCAGGUGCCACACCCCUGCAGCCCCGCCCUGAUGGCACCUGGGGUUAAUUUAAAACCUGUCCUUGCAGUAAUGGCGAAUUUACUGCGUGGCAGCAGCCAAAUGUAUAAUGUCAACAAGCGUCGAAACCGCAUUUCAAGGUCCGUUUAUGGAGCCCAGGUCUGUGUGUGUGUAUAUAUAUAUAUAUAUAUAUGUGUUUUUUUUGGUCAUUCAUCAUGUGUAUUUUAAAUCGACUCUACAUUGAAGAUGAUUAGGCUAUUUUCAAUAUGUGCAUGGCCGAAAAUCCCAUCACCUUGAAGUGGCCGACCACCGCUAGAUAAUGUUUUUUGUUUUAUCUGUCACUAAUUACAUCAAUAUGACGUAAUUGGUUCUGACAAAUUCUAUAGUCUACCCUCAAGUUAUGGUAAGUAGUAUAAUUGAACAAAAACUAUUAUUCACUUAUAUUGAGCAACAUUUUGCUCCAUGUGUACUGCUAUUUUAGGGGUUGGUCAAUGCCUCUUUGGUCUGGCGUUCCAGCGCUGCCUCUAGGCUUCAGGUCCAGACCACCUUCUUAUUCAAGUAGCCCUGAACCUUGGCUUCUCCCAGGAUGUAGCUCUGUGUAUGACAGUCUGGUCAGGUACGUUUAUUUUGCUGAGUGAACACGACAGUCAAACUAAAAUUACCCAGAGAAGCUGAUUUAGGGCCAAAUAUGUCUGCUUUACUUUGAGUAUAUUUGUAUUUAUUAUGCCCCCCAUAUUUAGAGUAUAUUGUCCGGCAGGAAACGAAUGGUGGUGGAAGGCGGCACGCUAACCCCAAUUAACUUUUAUGCCUUUCGUUAACCUUAACCUCACUAAAACUAUACUAAACCUAACUCUUGUUCCUAAACCUAACCUUAAUUAUUCCUAAUAUUAAAUGUUUGUUCAGCCAGUCAAAAGUCCACUUAAUCAAUGGUUACUUACUGUCUCCCUUUUUUUCUAGUAAUGCAGCCCCAGCCAUGCCUCCCUCUCCCAUGAAUGGAGGAAGAGGACCUGCCACUGCUAUGCAAAAGCUACGCAGGUACUAUUCAUGACUGGUAUUCCAGAUCCUUCCUUGGACUUCUGCUCUAAUAAGGGUUGUAUUCAUUAGUGCACACUAGCAAAGGAAAACAAACUAGUUUCUUAUUGGAGUCCCUUUCCAAGUUCAUGUAGUCCCUUUCCAUUUAGGUCUGUUUCCUGAUUUUUACCUUGACUACUCUAACCUGAACUUUUGUCUGGUUGCUUUUCCUAUCAGGUCCUCUAUCCUUGAGCGAUGUAUCCUUAGGAUGUCUACUGCCAGUGUUGCUGUUGGAACAGAGGACAUGGAUGGUAUCAGGAGGUAGGAACCCACUCAUUUAUUUUCUUGUCAGCCUAUAGAGCACAAUUAAGGACUCCUAUAUGAAGGGCCUCAGUACCUCAAUCAGUUGACUUGAACCAUUUACCUUUCUACAUUACAUUGCUCUUUUGAAAUGUAUAACAUGUUCUCUCUCUAGAUGGGAAAUUCCAUGCACUAUUAUUUCAAGCAAUGUUAGUAGAAAUCCUGAUGGCUUGUUUUCCUAGGUCCCAGUCAGGGAUGCGGUUGGCCCCACGGAACCUGGAUCCAGCUCACAUGGAAGGCAAUGAAUCGGUUCUGAAACGACGGCAGAAACAGGUUCAGUACGGCAAGAACACCUCUGGCUACCAGAAUUACCUGGAACAAGUUCCCAAGUAUGACAACUGAUUUAUUCUACAUUACAUUUUUAUUUUUGCAAUUGGAAAAGGGCAAGGUAACUAGGUUCUAAAGGGUAACUAAUGGCCUGUGAAGAGCCCUAAACACAUUUACUGAACUAUUUAUUGGAUUAGUCCUUAAACUCAAAAGAUGGCUAUAAAUGUAAGUCUCCGUGAGGAGUAGGUGGAACAUUUAUUCACGCUUGUCUCCACUCUAUCUGAUACAAGGCGUCUGAGAAUCCCUGGGCUGCACCCAUCCACUCCAAACAAAUAUAGAAAAUACAGCCGCCGAUCCUGGGACAUGCAGGUUCGUCUUUGGCGGAGAGCUCUGCAUGCAUGGGACCCUCUGUCUGAAGCGCAGGGAGAAGCUGAGGGACAAGACCCUGUUGACCAACUGUAGGUAUUGGGUGUUUUUACAUUUGUAGUAGUUUUUGCUUGUCUUAAGUUGACCUCAUCAAUUCUUGACUAUAUGCAGGCAGGGGUUGCUUGAGCAGAUGAAUUGUGAGCUAUAUGAAGACUGUGGCGCUAAAGAGCGGGCCAGAGGGAUGCCAUCAGACUCUAAAGCCCCCUUCUCCACUAAACCUGCAGGAAUGUCAAUCAACAGUCCCUGGAUGUUUCCCCAUGGAUCCCAGGUGUGUCAGUUUUUUACUGUUCUUUGGUUAGCAGGCGUUGUCUUGUGUUUGGAGAUAUCUGUUCAUGUGGUUUGCCUCUCUUUAGGUGGAUGUGUCUGGUCCUCAGUUCCCAUCCUCCCAGACAGGCUUGGGGUACGCCUUUAGCAGUCAUCUAACAGCUGAUGAGAAUGUGGUGGGAUGGCUGAGAUUUCUCCUGGAAACUGACCACUCCCACGAUCAACAGGGAGACCGGCUACCGUGGAAGCCAUACUGA